AUGUCUGACGUUGAGACCGAUGCAAAAAUCCUCAACGAGAAGGCCCAAACACCAACCGGUGAGGGCUAUUCUAUCGUUAGCCUUAGUGACGGCUACGACUAUAACGAUCCAAACAAUUACAGCACCUGGUUUGUAGAUGAGUACAACCCCCAAGGUCUCAGAAAGCCAACUCAACAGGAGGCUUCCAGUCUGAGAAGAAUCUUGGGAAGGGCUAAGUACUCUACUUAUCUGAUCUGUCUUAUUGAACUAGCAGAAAGAGCCUCUUACUAUUCCGUUCAGGGUUUGCUCUACAACUUCAUCCAGCGUCCUUUGCCUGCAGGUUCUACUACUGGUGCCCCACUUGACAGACACUCGAGUGAGAGUGCUGGUGGGCUUGGAAGGGGUCUGCAAGCUUCGAACGGUUUGACUCUGUUGCUUACAUUUAUGGCUUAUGUUGUUCCUCUGUUCGGUGGUUAUGUUGCAGAUACCAAGAUCGGUAGACUCAAGGCCAUCUGGAUUGGUGUAGGUGGUGGUUUCAUCUCGCAUGUUCUGUUUAUCAUUGCUGCCAUUCCUUCUGUACUCACUGGUGGGGCCGCUAUUGCUCCAACCAUUCUUGCUAUUCUGACUCUGGCUAUCGGUACCGGUUUUAUCAAGCCAAACUUGCUGCCAUUGCUUAUGGACCAAUAUCCAUAUGAGACCGACAUGGUUAGAGUUCUGCCAUCUGGAGAGAAGGUGAUUGUCGACAGAGCCAAGUCUUUUGAGAGGAUGACCUUGGUGUUCUACUGGGCCAUCAACAUUGGUGCUUUCUUCCAACUGGCAACGUCCUACUGUGCUCGUGACGUUGGUUAUUGGCUUGCAUUCUUCGUCCCCAUGAUCAUGUACCUGUUCCUGCCAAUUGUUCUUUUCUACGUUCAGCCCAAACUGGUGAAGGAGCAGAUCAGAGGCUCCAUCUUGACCACUGCAAAGAAAAUCUUCCGUGUUGCUUACAGAAAAGGCUGGAUCAAGAGAUACUUGGCCAACGAGUUCUGGGACUAUGCUAAACCAUCCAAGAUGUUGGAGAGAGGUGAGAAGUUCUACAAGGAAAAGACUCAAUCUCUCAUCACCUGGGAUGACCAGUGGGUUUUGGAUGUCAAACAAACCGUUAAUGCAUGCAAGAUUUUCCUGUACUUACCAAUCUACAACUUGUGUGAUUCCGGUAUCGGUUCGGUGGAAACAUCUCAGGCCGGUUCCAUGGAUACUGCUGGUGUUCCAAACGAUUUGUUCAACAACUUCAAUCCUUUGGCUAUCAUUAUCUUCAUUCCAUUUUUGGACUACGUCCUGUAUCCACUUUUGAGAAAGUACAAGCUUGACUUCAAGCCAGUUUACAGAAUCGCAGUUGGUUUUAUUUUCGGUGCCCUGUCUCAGGUUGCCGGUGCCAUUAUCCAAUGGAAGAUUUACACCACCUCUCCUUGUGGUUACUAUGCCACUACUUGUGAUGAGACUUCUCCUAUCACUGCAUGGCAAGAGGUGUCUGUGUACAUUUUGUCCGGUGUGAGUGAAUGUUUUGUCAUGACCACCAGUUAUGAGUUGGCCUACACCAGAGCUCCUCCUCAAAUGAAGAGUUUGGUCAUGGCCAUCAACCUGUUCACCAUGGCUCUUUCUUCUGCUCUUGGUGAGGCUAUCACACCUGCUCUGAACGACCCCCACUUGAUCUGGCCUUUCGUUGCCAUUGGCAUUGCUGGUUUUAUCAGUGCUUUUGUCUUCUUGUACCACUACAGAAACCUUCACAUUGAUAUGGAGAAUGAGAGAAUUAUCAGAGAGGCUUUGGAAGACAAGAAAAACAGCGACAAUGCAGGACCCACUGGUCUUUCUGACGACCGCAACCUGGCUGCCGUGACUUCCAUCAAGUCAGCCGCAGGCAAAUAA